AUGUCAAAAAACACAACAGAGAACUUGACUAACCCUCACUCAGCUCUUCUAGGUCUGUUCCUGGGAAGCAUUUCACUGAUCACUAUUGUCAUGAAUAUAUUAGUACUAUGUGCCGUGAAAACUGAAAAGAAGCUGCAAACAGUUGGCAAUUUAUACAUUGUCAGCCUCUCUAUUGCAGAUCUUAUAGUUGGUGCAGCUGUUAUGCCCCUGAAUAUUGUUUAUCUCCUAAGCCCUGUGUGGACUCUAGGCUUACCAGCCUGUUUGUUCUGGCUGUCAAUGGAUUAUGUGGCCAGUACUGCAUCCAUUUUCAAUCUCUUCAUAUUGUGCAUUGACCGUUAUCGUUCAGUUCAGCAACCACUGAAAUAUCUCAAGUAUAGAACAAAAAUGAGAGCAUCACUAAUGAUUUUGGGGGUUUGGUUGCUCUCUUUCAUGUGGGUCAUUCCAAUCCUAGGAUGGCAUGUUUUUGCUAAUAAUGGGAAAAGGAAGGUAGAGGCAAACAAGUGUGAAACUGAAUUCUCUAAAGUCACCUGGUUUAAAGUGUUCACAGCCAUUGUCAAUUUCUACCUACCCUCUAUCUUGAUGUUAUGGUUCUACUAUAAAAUAUUCAGAGCUGUUCGAAAACACUGUCAGCACCGAGAGCUCAUCGAUGGAUCACAUCGGUCUUUCUCAGAAAAAAAACCCAUGCAUCAUAAUAAGAUGAAGGAUGAGCAAAAUAUUUGCCUCCAAAAGCAAAUCUUAGAUGAGAACACCCCUCCAAAGGACAAGCAAAGCUCCCCUCAGCCUGAAAAUAUGGAAGCAGAGCUUCAUUUCAGUAAUCCCGACAAGUCUUCAAAGGCAUUCGUUAGCAAAAGUAACAGGAAAGUCCGUAAAUGGAGCUGUUUUCCUCUCACCACUGCCCAGUCUGAGCCAGGCCUGGAUAAAGCAGGAAAGAAGUGUGUGUGUGUCACAAAAGACAACAAAAAUGAAGAGGAGCCUUGCUCACAAGACAGUGACUUAAGUGAUGCAUCAGACAACCAUACUUUCACAGAUGAGGUACCCUGCGAAGAGCACCCCAGUCAUAACCCUGAAAGAGGCUGCAGUCCUCAGGAAAAGCCUGAGAACAGUGGACUGUCUUACCUGAGGAAAACCUGGCAAAGCCUGCAUACUCAUUCCAAAAGGCACAUUCAAAGACUGCAUGGGAACAGGGAGAAGAAAGCAGCUAAGCAGUUAGGGGCCAUAAUGGCAACUUUUAUGCUCUGCUGGAUUCCCUAUUUUGUAUUAUUUAUGGUAAUAGCUUUCCAUGGCCAUGAACAAUUUUCAAAAUUACAUAUGUUCACUAUAUGGCUUGGCUAUGUGAACUCCACCUUAAAUCCAUUCCUGUAUCCUCUUUGUAACCAGAAUUUCAAGAAGACAUUCAAAAAGAUUCUUCACAUCCACUGA